AUGACCGACAACUCGGACAAGGAACCACGGCGGAUUGGAGGAAUGCUGGACAAUGGAGAAGCUGAAGAAAGCCGUGACAGCGACAAGAGCGAGAGGUCCCCCCUUCGAGAGGUUAAGCGCACUAGCCACCACUGGUCCAAAACGCUAAAAGUGGGCUCGGGCUCAAUCUUGAAAUCCUGCGUGGCGUCUUCCCCGAGAACGACGGAUUGA